AUGAGACUGUUACCACUCCAUACGAUCCACCGCGCGGUCAAGGCCCAUCCGGCAUGCUCCGAUUCCAAUUUCAACUUGCGGAUUCAAAAAGCAUGGGCGGAGAUUGCGGGGAAGGGUUGGUUGCGCAAGAAGAAGUCUCGGCAUGUUGAACGCGUCUUUGGCUUUACUGACCUGUCCAUUGCUAUCGAUUUUUCCGCUUUCUUUGAGGUAAGUGAGAUCACCACCUAA